AUGUCCACGCGACAUUUACUCCAUCAAAUUCGUGCCAAGACCCACGAUCACACAAAACUUCAUCCGAGCUGUUGGAAUUGUAAAAAAGAUGUACAGGAUCCGAUUAUUUGCAAGAAAUGUAAUGUAAUACAACCAGUCACAAGUGGACAAGAUUAUUUCAAUUAUAUGGGAGUGAAAUUCGAUUUUCGGUUGGAUCAGGAUGAGCUCAAGCAGAAAUUUCACCAGCUACAAUCCAAACUGCAUCCGGAUAAAUUUGUAAUGGCGACUGACGAGGAGAAAAAGCUCUCAGAAGAGCACUCACGGAAGCUCAACGAGGCAUAUAAAGAGCUCGCCGACCCAUUUAAACGUGCAAAAUAUUUAAUAAAAGAAUACGGCGAAGAACAUCCCGAAAAUCUGCAAAAUUCCGAAAUUUUGAUGGAAAUGUUGGAGAGAAACGAGGAAAUUGAUGAAAUGCACGAUGAAAAUGCACUGAAAGCUGAAAAAUCGAGAAUUGAGACAGAAAUCGACGAACAACUCGAGCAACUUGGCACACAUUUCGAAUCGAAAAAAAUUCCAGAGGCUCGUGACGUCAUCGGACGCUUGACCUACCUGUAUUCGCUCAAAAAUACGGUCAACACGAAAUUGGGUCUAAAUUAGUGGAGAAAAUUUGCCGAUUUUUAGUGAUUUUUAGUGUAAUAAAUAAUUUUUGCAUUGU